GUAUACUCAUGCGCUAUAGUUGAAUUCUCCAUGUGCUCCACAAUAUUAUUCGUCUCCGGCAAUAAAAAUAAGUUGUCUGAAAUUAUUGAAAUUCUUGGAGAUAAAUAUUCUUCUUUGCUUUCUUUUUCCGAUAUAGACUUACCAGAACUCCAGGGAACGGUUAACGAAGUUUCAAUUAAGAAGUGUGAAGAGGCAGCAAAUAGAUUAAACUCAUCCGUAUUGGUUGAAGACACCUCUUUAUGCUUUGAUGCUCUCAAUGGAAUGCCUGGUCCCUAUAUAAAAUGGUUUCUGAAGGCCUUGGGUCCAGAUGGUAGUCUUCCAAAAUUAAUUACUGGAUUUGGAGAGAAUAACUCAGCUGAGGCAAUCUGCACCUUCGCAUACUCUGCUGGCCCUGGAUGCCCCGUUAAACUUUUUCAAGGUGUCACUAAAGGUCGUAUCGUCAGCCCACGAGGCCCUCGAACCUUUGGAUGGGAUCCUUGCUUUCAGCCUGAUGAAUAUGAUCAGACAUAUGCGGAAAUGUCGGCAUGUACAAAAAAUGCAAUCUCUCAUCGAUCCAGAGCUAUAUCACAGCUGAAAAAAUUUCUUGAUUCUUUGGAUUAA